UCCCUCCUGGCGGCCGCCGCUGUGUCUCUCCCCCGCUCCCCUUCGCCGCACGGGCGGGGUGCGUGGCGGUGCCGGUUCGGUGCCUAAGAUGGCGUCUAUCAUGGAGGGCCCGCUGAGCAAAUGGACCAAUGUCAUGAAGGGCUGGCAGUACCGCUGGUUCGUGCUGGACUACAACGCCGGGCUCCUCUCCUACUACACGUCAAAAGACAAAAUGAUGAGAGGAUCACGCCGGGGGUGUGUUAGACUCAGGGGAGCUGUGAUUGGUAUAGACGAUGAGGACGACAGCACCUUCACAAUAACUGUUGAUCAGAAAACCUUCCAUUUUCAGGCUCGAGAUGCUGAUGAAAGAGAGAAGUGGAUUCAUGCUCUAGAGGACACCAUUCUCCGCCAUACCCUCCAGCUUCAGGGUGUGGAUUCAGGAUUUGUUCCCAGCGUUCAUGAUUUUGACAAGAAACUUACGGAAGCUGAUGCUUACUUACAAAUCUUGAUAGACCAAUUGAAGCUCUUUGAUGAAAAGCUCCAGAACUGCAAAGAUGAUGAACAGAGAAAAAAAAUUGAAAGUCUCAAAGAAACAACUAGUAGCAUGGUAGAAUCAAUAAAACACUGCAUUGUGUUGCUACAGAUCGCUAAAGACCAAAAUAAUGAGGAGCAGCACGCAGAUGGACUUAUAAGCACUAUAAACCCAGUUGACGCAGUAUAUCAGCCCAGUCCUCUGGAACAGUCAGUGAUCAGCACAAUGCCUUCCCAAGCAGUUAUACCUCCAGAACCUGCUCAGUUGUGCAAGUCAGAGCAGCGACCCUCAUCUUUGCCAGUGGGACCUGUAGUAGCAUCACUUGGAAAUCAGACUCCAACACCAAAUAGUACAGGAAGUGGGCAGUCGGCACCAAGCAGCAGUCUCACCUCUCCAAGCCAUGUCAACUUGUCUCCAAAUACAGUCCCAGAUUUUUCUUACUCGAGCAGUGAGGAUGAGUUCUAUGAUGCUGAUGAAUUCUAUCAGAGCAGUUCUUCCCCAAAGCGAUGUAUGGAUUCUUCAGGGUCUGCUGCUGUCCUGACUCGGAGCAGCACAGGAAGCAGUUUGAAACGUCCAGAUACCACAGAAUCCCUCAAUUCUUCCAUUUCUAAUGGAACAAAUGAUACCGAUCUCUUCGAUCCUCCUGAUGAUAGAGAUGAUGAUGGGGAAGGAGAAUCAGUGGAAGAACAUAAGAGUGUUAUUAUGCAUCUAUUGUCACAAGUUAGAUUAGGAAUGGAUCUAACAAAGGUGGUUCUUCCAACUUUUAUCCUGGAAAGAAGAUCACUGUUAGAAAUGUAUGCUGACUUUUUUGCACAUCCAGACUUAUUUGUCAGCAUUAGUGACCAGAAGGAUCCAAAGGAACGGAUGGUUCAAGUGGUUAAAUGGUACCUUUCAGCUUUUCAUGCAGGAAGAAAAGGGUCAGUUGCUAAAAAGCCUUACAAUCCCAUUUUGGGUGAGAUCUUCCGAUGUCAUUGGGUGUUACCAGGCACUGAAGGUGAAGAUGAUAUGGAGCCAGUUUCAGAAGGACCAGUUCCCUGGGUCAGUAAAAGCAGUGUAACGUUUGUGGCAGAGCAGGUCUCUCAUCAUCCUCCAAUUUCAGCAUUUUACGCGGAGUGUUUUAGCAAGAGGAUACAGUUCAAUGCUCACAUAUGGACCAAGUCAAAGUUCUUAGGAAUGUCUAUCGGGGUCCAUAACAUAGGGCAAGGGUGUGUAACAUGCCUAGAUUAUGAUGAACACUAUAUUUUGACCUUUCCUAAUGGUUAUGGAAGGUCUAUUCUCACUGUGCCAUGGAUAGAACUUGGUGGGGAAUGCAGUAUUAAUUGCUCAAAGACAGGCUAUAAUGCUUCCAUCAUCUUCCACACGAAACCAUUUUAUGGAGGAAAGAAGCACAGAAUUACAGCUGAAAUCUUUUCUCCGAAUGACAAGAAACCCUUCUGCUCAAUUGAAGGCGAAUGGAACGGUGUCAUGUAUGCAAAAUACAGCACAGGGGAGAACACUGUCUUUAUCGAUACCAAGAAAAUGCCUACAAUUAAGAAGAAGGUAAGAAAAUUGGAGGACCAAGCCGACUUUGAGUCUCGCUGCCUAUGGAAAGAUGUAACCUACAAUUUAAAAAUUAGAGACAUCGAUGCAGCCACGGCUGCAAAGCAUGCACUUGAAGAAAGACAAAGAGCUGAAGCCAGAGCCAGAAAGGAGAAUGAGACCUCAUGGGAAACAAGGUUAUUCCAUGAAGAUGGAGAGUGCUGGGUUUAUGAUGAGCCGCUACUGAAACGACUUGCUGCCAGUAAACAUUAAGUGGGUUCUAAACCCAGAAAACAUUGAAGCCUUGGCUUAGCAAAGUUUACACCUGAUACCAAGUUAGUCAGCAGUUAUCACGUGCGUACCAUUUGGAGAACCUGACCCCUCCAACUACAGUGGUUCCUAUCUCAGGGAUACUGGACUUACUGGUGCAGAUAAGCAAUUAAAUGAAACAAGAAACAGCUGUGCAGUAACUUAUACUGGACUCUGCUCUACUGGUGGUGGGCUCAGCCUCCACAGACAGGUGCUGAAGCCCGCUGACCAAUGCUUCUAGAGCACAGGGAAUCUGGGCUCUGAAGCAGAUACACUUCAUAUAACCACUGUGAAGGCCAUGGCAUUGGUAUCAGUUGCAUAAUAUUCCUGGGUCCUACAUAUUUAAAAACAAACAAGAAACAAAAUGCAAGAUGUCAUUUAAAUUUAGCUGAUGUUGGCAAUGUGUAAAUAUGAGGAUUCCUUUGAUGGGACAGUUUGUUAGAAAAUGCUACAUCCAUGUUAUCUUCCACCUGUACGAUAAUCAAACCUUUUGGCAUUUCAGUGUCUUGCCCAAAAUAACUUUGUUAUUUUGAGAUUGAAAUGUAACCAUAGAUAAUUCUACUCAAUGCAUCUUAAAGCUUCAUAAAAUAGAUUUUUCAAACUUCUC